GCACUCCAUUUUGGACCGCAUGAACAAGGCCGCGUCCAUGUCGUCCCCACAUGCUAAGUCUCCACUGAACAAACGUCCGCGCGUUAAUACUGAAGGUCACGAUGGCACUGAUCGGGGACACAAAGAAGAAGAGGCGGAUGCCCUUCCCGUGAGUCCGUCGAAGAAAACGGCAAGUCCAAGCAAACCACACACCAAGGACGACCAGAACAAAGCAGCGCCAGCAACGUCCGCGUUUGGAUUUUCGGCAUUUGCCAACACGAAUCCUUUUCAGCCUGGCGCCCCCACGUCCACAGCGCCUUCCACGGGCUUUGCAGCGUUUGCAAGCGGUGGAUUUGGGACAUCAUCCUCCACGGGGCUUGGAUUUGGAUCUGGUGGAUUUGGUAGGUCCAGUGGUGGGUUUGAGACUACGGCGUCGUCGUCGGAAUCCACUGCAGCAACAUUUGGUGGUGACAAGACGGACGAAAGCUCCACUUGGACCGAUGCAAACGACACGAACGCAGACUUCUUGAAUGCCGAAGCAGACAAAGUCGAAGUCCAGCACCUGAUCGUUCCCAAGGUCGAACUGCCCAAGGAUUACCAGCACAUGACCGGCGAAGAGGACGAAGAUGUGCUGCUUGUGACUACAGCCAAGCUGUACAAGCUCGUAGACAAGGAUUACGUCGAGUGUGGUGGUGGACCGUUCAAGGUGCUCGAGCCCAAGGAUAAAUCCACGCGUGGUCGCGUUGUCAUGCGGCGCGCCACGAGUGACUUCAAGGCCGGAACGCAGCUCCUGCUCAAUUCACUGCUGUCUUCGAUCCCAAGUGCCGUCGUAAAGGGCAAGAGCAUCAUCAUGCCGGUGCUCGUCGAUGCGUCCAAGAUUACGACGUACUGCAUCCGCUUUGAGUCCGCAGAAUACGCCGACAAACUGCAGCAACUCAUCCAAAAUGCCAACUAAAAGCAAAAAUCACUCCUCGCAUACGUGGCAGCUUUCGCUCUAGCUCGACAGGCACAUCGUCCGCGUAUAUGAACGCCACUGAUUGUAAAGUUACGUAUCGAAGGUCAGAGUCCCUUCGUCGAUGAGCUAUGAUCUAGUAUUGAUGGUGGCGAGUCAGACGUCGAUAAAGGUGGAGGAGCCGCGGGGUCUUCCACGUCGGAAUGCGAAAUAGAAGCCCAUCGGUCUCCGUGUGCCAUGAAGAUGGCAAU